UAGGCAGCAGGCAGCGAGGAUGGUGGAGCUCGACCUCUACAUGGAGCACCCUGCCGUCACGGCGAUGAGUGCCGACGAGGCGGCCGCCUGGCGCCGGAAGCACCGCGUGCAGGUCUCGGGCGGCACCGCGCCCAAGCCGGUCCGCACAUUUCUCGAGGCAGCGUUCCCCGAGUUCCUGACGGCCGACAUCGAGGCGACAAACUUCCGCGCGCCGACGCCGAUCCAGAGCCAGUGCUGGCCCGUCGCGCUCAGCGGGUGCGACCUCAUCGGCCUCGCGGCGACCGGCUCGGGCAAGACCCUCUGCUUUGCGCUGCCCGCGAUCACGCACAUCGUCGCGCAGCCGCGGCUGCAGCCGGGCGACGGUGCCAUCGCGCUGAUGCUGGCGCCGACGCGCGAGCUGGCGCUGCAGAUCAAGGGCGAGUGCGACGCGUUUGGAGGGCCGAGCGGCGUCACAAACACCGCCAUCUACGGGGGCGUGCCAAAGGGGCCGCAGCAGCGCGACCUCCAGCAAGGCGUCGGGAGAGAUCGGGUCGAGAUCGUGAUUGCGACGCCCGGCCGGCUGCUCGACUUUAUGGAGGCUGGCGUCACCAACCUCCGCCGCGUCUCCUUCCUCGUCCUCGACGAGGCGGACCGCAUGCUCGACCUCGGCUUCGAGCCUCAGCUGCGCCGGAUGGCGGCGCAGCUCCUUCCACAGAGGCAGACCCUCCUCUUCUCGGCGACUUGGCCGCGAGAGGUCGCAUCUCUCGCCCGCACCAUCCUCCGCGCCGACGCGCUCACCGUGCAGGCGGAUGCCGCGCCUGCCAUGCACAAUGCUGUGCACUCUCGGCGAGUCUCACAGGUGUGCGACGAGUCGGAGCGAUUGGGCCGCUUCCUGCGGCUGCUGCCGCAGGUGAGCGAGAAUGGGCAGGCGCGCGUCAUCUGCGUGAACACCAGGCGCGGCUGCGAGGCGAUCCGCAACGAGGUGCGGCGGCGCGGCAUCGGCGCGGAGGCGCUGCACGGCGACAAGUCGCAGCACGAGCGGGACUGGGUGCUGCAGCAGUUCAAGCAGGGCGCGGCGCCGGUGCUGGUGGCGACCGACGUGGCCUCGCGCGGGCUCGACGUGCAGGACGUGCGCGCCGUGGUCAACUACGACGCCCCCUCGCAGGCGGAAGAUUACGUGCACCGCGUCGGCCGCGCGGGCCGCGCCGGGGCGAGCGGGCGCGCCUACACGCUGCUCACCUCGGCCAACGCGGCCUUCGCGCGCGAGCUUGCGGCGAUGCUGCGCCGGCAGGGCGCGCGCGUGCCGCAGGAGCUCGGCUGGCUGGCGAGCAGCACGCGCGGCGGGGAGCAGUCCCACCGCCGCUGGAGGUCGGACGACCGCGGGCACGACCGGCGCUGAGGCGCCCCGCCUGAGCCGCGCCAAUAGCUUUAGUCUCGAGAGCGAAUACGGUUUGUCGGGCUGGUUUUCUUAGGGGGCUGGGGGGGAGGGGGGAACAGGCCCUGCCCGGGGCCCGGCCCCAAAGCGCCAGGUCUAUGAGGUAAAUAAGGCCCAGUGUGUGGCCUAGCCCUCGGGGCUAUAAACC